UCCGUUCUUAAUCAUGAUUUCCACCCUCGUCACACACUUGUUUGGAUACUAUCCCCCUCUCUAUUUACAUUCAUUUCCACAAAAUCUUUGCUUCUUUAAUUCUUUCUCCUCUCCUCCUCUGAAAAUCUCCAGCGUCUUUUUCUCUCCACAGCUCCACGUGUUUCAUCGUUCUCUAUCUCCUCCUCCCACAACUUUAAGAUUCUAACAAAAAACUUAUAGAAAUCAUCUUUCACAUGGGAGAAUCUACCAAGUCGCCGAUGUCUGCCUCAAAAUAUUAUGGAAUUCUAGGAAUCUCAAAAUCAGCAUCCCUCACGGACAUUUGCAAAGCUUACAAACAUCUUGUCAAAAAAUGGCAUCCUGAUAGAAACAGAUCAAAUCAAGCUGAAGCUGUAGACAAGUUUCGAUCCAUCAAUGAGGCCUAUAGGGUUCUCAGCAUGAAAAAGAAAGAGGAAGUAGACUUAUUGAAAAGUGAGGAGGAUGAUGAGUUAGAAAUUUCAAGCCCCACGCUCCUUUCAAGAACAACAAGUCGGAUCAACCCAACAAUAGAUUUUUACACAUCCAUGCCAUGUUUUUCGAUGAGUGGAGCUAGCACUCCCACAACCCCUGGCACCCCAGUAUCAGAUCAACCCCCAAAUCUUUCAAAACUAGCAAGUAAGCCUAUUAUUUUUUCCCAGUCUACUUCAUGGAGAAAGCCUCAACCAAUCGAGAAGAAGCUGGAAUGUACCCUUGAGGAAUUGUGCAAUGGAUGCGUCAAGAAGGUUAUGAUAACAAGAGAUGUAGUUGCAAUCACAGGACUAAUUGUAAAAGAAGAGGAAGUUGUAACAAUAAAGGUGAAGCCAGGAUGGAAGAGAGGAACAAAAAUUACAUUUGAAGGUAAGGGAGAUGAGAGAGCAGGCACCCUUGGAGCAGAUAUAAUAUUCUCAAUUGAUGAGAAAACACAUCCACUAUUCAAAAGAGAAGGAGAUGACUUAGUGCUUGGAGUUGAAGUCCCUCUAGUUCAGGCUCUCACAGGGUGUACGAUCACUGUACCUCUUUUGGGUGGAGACGAAAUGACUAUGUCCUUUGAUGAUGAAAUCAUUCAUCCAGGAUAUGAGAAAAUCAUACCAGACCAAGGCAUGCCUAAGCCUAAAGAGGAAGGUAGAAGAGGAGACCUUGUGCUUGAGUUUCUUGUCAAAUUUCCUUUACAUUUGAGUGAGGAACAAAGGCUCAAGGUUGUUAGUAUACUUGAACAUCAUUGCUCUUCAUCUUCUUAAUUAAUUAACUCGAGCAGAUCAUAAAGGUUCCAGCUGGUUAUUUUUUACUAUACUAGAAGACUGCUUGAUAAAUAUAUAUUACAUAAACAUGGUAGUUGCAUGUGCUCCAAUUUCUUGUUAAAUUUCCUUUAGACAUGAAUGAGGAACGAAGGUUCCAGUUGGUUGUUAGUAUACUAACCUAGAUGAUCGCUCUCUGGAUGUCCUUCAAGGGUCUUUUUAUGUACUCUAUAAAGAAUAUUAAAUUAGAUUUAGCAAUAUAUCGUCAAAUCAUGUGUAUUACAUAGUAAUUACUAUAGUUAUUUUUGAAAAAUUUC